UAGAAAAAGCUCGUUUCCGAUCUGAUCUUUUCAGUCGGAACAGAGGUUGUUCAAACAGAACUGUAAACAACUCCGACGUACAAAAUGUGACUAAUUUAAUUGACGGUCAUAUUAACUCAAAACGUUGGGAAAUUAGCAGCCCAGGAGCCGUGGGUAGAGUUUUUCCGAGUUAUCCCCGGGACCGGCAGAACUACACUGGAGCAGGCUAAGCGAUGCGUUUUGUAAGCGCUGCCUUGCCUGCAUUUUUUGUGAAUGGAGCUCAUUAUGCAUGCAGCCUUCUCGCCUCUUCAUUCACAACUGGCUCUGUUGCGCCUCUGUCUCUUCCCCCCAGUUUAGGCUGCGUGGAUUUCUAGCAAUCCAGCAUAAAUGACCACAAACGGUUAACAGAUGGAUUAUAAAAUGGAUGGAUAUUUGGAUCAGCAAGUGCCUUAUACUUUAGCUAAGAAGUCGCAAGGAAAUGGGCCCGUAAACAGACCGUUGAUGGCCGCAAAAAGAAAAUUCGCGGACACGGAAUUGCCCCCUCAGGAAUCUGAAGACCUCUUUCAGGAUUUAAGCCAACUCCAGGAGACGUGGCUCACAGAAGCUCAGGUCCCAGACAGCGAUGAGCAAUUUGUCCCUGACUUCCACUCAGAAAACUCAUUCCACAGCCCCCCAGUCAAGAUUAAAAAGGAGCCCCAGAGUCCUGGAUCAGAUCCCAGCCAGUCCUGCAGUCACAAGCAGGCUUUCACCUAUUCCAAUGGAGAGCAGUGCCUUUACGCCAGUGCCUGUGAGCAGAAGAGAGCAGCAGGGCUCAAGAGCUCCAAUCCUGGGACUCCCAUGUCUCCUAUGCAUCAUUACUCCCCCAAACCAACCAUCACCCCUCGGCCCGAUACAGGAUACAUGAACCCCACCACCACUGCCCAGCCAGUUCCUGGCCAUGGCUACUCAAUGGAUCACAGCUCCAGAUACACGCAGCCUUCCGCAGAGAUGUGCCACCCUUAUCCCCCACCUGCCCAAGCCAUGCAGCGCCAGCAUCCUGCCCCAGGCGGGGGGUACCAGCGACAGCUCUCUGAUCCCUGUCUGCCCUACAUGCAGCAGAGCUUCAAGCAGGAAUACCACGACCCCAUGUAUGACCGCGCGGGGCACGUGGCUGGGGGUGCCCCUCAGAGAUACCCACCCGCUCACAUGCUGAUCAAGCAGGAGCCUACCGACUACACCUAUGAGCCUGAUGUGCCUGGCUGCCCAUCCAUGUACCUCCACAAUGAGGGCUAUGGAAAACCCUUGCACAAUGCCGACGGUUAUUCUUUUGAGAAUGAUUCCCGCGUUGUCCCAGAGAAGUUUGAAGGAGAAGUAAAACAGGAGGCAGGGACCGUGUUCCGUGAGGGCGCCCCCUAUCAGCGCCGUGGCUCCCUGCAGCUGUGGCAGUUUCUUGUGGCUCUCCUGGACGACCCGGGCAAUGCCCAUUUCAUCGCCUGGACUGGCCGUGGCAUGGAGUUCAAGCUCAUCGAACCCGAAGAGGUGGCCAGGCUGUGGGGGAUGCAGAAGAACCGUCCAGCCAUGAACUAUGACAAGCUGAGCCGCUCUCUUCGCUACUACUAUGAGAAGGGCAUCAUGCAGAAGGUGGCUGGCGAGCGCUACGUGUACAAGUUCGUCUGUGAGCCCGAGGCGCUCAUCUCUCUCGCCUUUCCUGACAAUCAGAGGCCCAGCCUGAAGGCCGAGUUUGAACGCUACGUCAACGAGGAGGACACCGUGCCUCUGUCCCACCUGGAUGAGACCACACCUUACCUCCCCGAGACAGCCGCUGGCAACAUGGGUGCCCAGCCCUACUCUAAAGGCUACAUGUACUAGUGCCGCCACCCCUCCCUCCUGCACACACUCCCCCUUGUAUAUAUGGCUAUGGUGUUUUGUUUAAAUUAAUCCUGUUAGGGACUUGAGGUUUUAAAAGCUGUAUUCUUCUCACUUCUAAAGACUAUUCUAUCCAGACACAUGACAGUGGUUAACUGAUGCUUAAUAAAAUUACAAUAUUAAUACUAAGAAAAGCACUCUUCCUUUGGAAUCGUAGUGCCCUGUGUGCUUGUACUAUAAUGCAGUUCAGCUAGUCUUUUCACUCUGAGUUUGGUUUUGUAACUAAGCUCUGACUUGUAAGAAGUCUGUAAGAACCAUAUUUUCCCCCCAAAAUAAUAGAUCACACUUCAUGUUCAUAAGGUAAUGCAUACCUCAGUAAGUUAACUCAUGAAGAAAAUGUUUCUUUAGAAAUAUGGAAAAUAGCAAAGUCCAGUUUGCAAAAGUUGUUAGUAUGCAGCACGUCCAAUAUUGUCCUUUUAUUUAACCACCAACAGAACAUAAUUCCAGUGUGCUAUAUAUCACUUAACAGACAAAUCCGAUGGGUCAGUCUUUUCUUGUGCUAAACCUUGUUUGAAUAGUGUUGUAGCCAAUUGACAAAAUUCUGUCAUCAAUAUACACAUACUCAACCAAUAUCAAAGAAGGUUCAAAGGGUGGCAUCACAUGCUUCAGCAAUAAUUUAUUUGCUUUGAGCAAUUGAUUUCCAGCUCCUGGCAAGAACUUGUUAGUAGUUGCAAAUAUACAUAAGGGACUAGAUGCAAUCUAUUACUUAUUUACUUAAUUCAGUUUUUAUGCAUAUAAGAUUGAAAGAAAGGGAUAUCACCAAAACACAGACUCAUGUUUGUCCAGCACUGUGCACAGACAGCCCUGUUAACCAAAGAGCGCAAGUAGUGAUGGAUUGGUUUUUUAAAGCCAGUCUUCAUGCACUCAAGCAGUGUCACCCAUAAUGUGCUGUUACCAGGCUCAACAGGAAGGGGACAGGAUUGAUGGGAAGGCAGAGAGCCAGCACGCUCGCAGAGUCUAGUGGGUGUGACGUGAGGGCUACCAUAAGGCACCCAGAUGGCGCUUCAGCCAGCCAGAUCUGUAGAAAUCUGUCAGGAGACCCUGCUCAUGGCCUUAAACAGCACAUGACUGAGACACGCUGGAGAAAUAAACGGGCUGUCACCACAUCAUUAAUAAGGUGCAGAAUGAGAUUUCCUGUGCCGUCCCAAAAGGAAGAGGGGGGGGAGGGGGGGGUAGAGAAAAGACCCGACUGGCUUGCGUUCUGUGUCUGCCAGCCUUUGUGACAUAACAGCUUUUCGGGCGCAAGUUCCCUUCUGUGAGGCGAACGCUAGAAAGCCUGGGAAACUGCACCGACAGCACUUCAAUCUCUGCUGUGGCUGGACCGUAUCGAACGGCCAAAACUGACACCUUACAAAGCACACGUACAGCAGCUGCGGCAAGUGAACUUCAAAAAACAAAAUCCCCAACCAGCCCUCAUCAUAAGAGGAGGAGAGCAAAGGUAAAAGCCCUAGCAUGUUCUGUUCUGGAAAAAAAACAUCCAAUGACAUAUUUACAAUAUUUUACUAAUUAUUGCUUUCAUAAAAGAUUUUAAAAAAAUAAGAUGGCUGAAAACUAGAGGAAUGUAGCUUAUCACAGCAGCUUGUAUUAUAACGUUGAAAAGUAGGUCUGAUUUUCUUCCUACUUAUUGAGCUGAAGCAACAGUAAACCCUACAGUAUAUUGACUCCAAGGACCUUGACAAUACAAGACCUAAACAGUUCAACCAGGUGAACAAACCAUCUCUAUCCUCUUACAAUCAAUGCUUUCAGAUGAUCACCCAUAGAAGAAACACCGUUAAUAAAAAAAAAAACAUGACAUCACAUUUUGCGGGCAAUCGUAUAAGCACACCUGCAAUGGCUUGAGGCAUGGAGCUCUCAAAUCUCUUUGACUGACUCAUCCUGCUAUCUUCAAGGUUUGACUUCAACUGCAACUUUUGAUGUGGGCUUUUCUCUGCUGUAGGUCCCACUAAUUUAUGGGUCUUCAAGACUGCCCCUUCCAAGGGCAACAUUUCAACCAGCACCUAAGGGUGAUUAGUAGAAUAUAGAUUCAAAAAAGUAUCAGGGUUUUUAAAUCUUGAUAUUAAUAUGAGAUUACUACUUUUGGACUACAUAAAAGUGCUGAUUUAAUUAAUUAAUCAACUUUCAGACUAUAUAUAUCUAAUAGAAAGCUGUCUUCCAGAUAAAUUACAAUGACAGACAACAGACUAACCCAGUUCAUUUAUAUUUUAACUUAAAAAAAUGACUGUAUUGCAUUAAACAAAUAAUUGUACUAAAA